GCCACAGGCCACAUCUCAGCCGGUACCCAGCGCCGCCGAAGUGCCUCCUCAGGACAUCUCCAGGUUGCUGCCCGAGGCGGGGCGCCAAGACAGGGACUGCAGGCGCAGACCCCCACUCGGGGUCUCCCAGGCACAGACCCCCGCUCUGCCACAGGUUGAGUCUUGCCUCCUGCAGAAGUGACCCUUGUGAUCCUGCCCUGCGUCGGGUCCCUGGAUGCCCCUACAGCCUCGUUCUAUGACUCGGUCUCCAUUUGGCUGGCUGUGGGGACAAGCUCGGAGGGGCUGCCUGGGUCUCAGUGUGGUGGCAGCCGGCUCUCCAGCCACCAUGGCAGAUGCUGGGAACUGAGAGGACGGGCUCUGUGGCCUCAGCCAGGGGGCACUCAGGACGUGAUGGAGAACAAAGCCAUGUACCUGCACACCGUCAGCGACCGCGACACCAGCUCCAUCUUCGAGGAGCCCUUUGACGGAAGGAGUCUGUCCAAGCUGAACCUGUGUGAGGACGGUCCAUGCCACAAACGGCGGGCGGGCGGCUGCUGCACCCAGCUGGGCUCGCUGUCGGCCCUGAAGCAUGCUGUCCUGGGGCUCUACCUGCUGGUUUUCCUGAUUCUCGUGGGCAUCUUUAUCUUAGCAGUGUCCAGGCCCCGCAGCUCCCCCGACGACCUGAAGGCGCUGACUCGGAACGUGAACCGGCUGAACGAGAGCUUCCGGGACUUGCAGCUGCGGCUGCUGCAGGCUCCGCUGCAGGCGGACCUGAGCGAGCAGGUGUGGAAGGUGCAGGACGCGCUGCAGAACCAGUCGGACUCGCUGCUGGCGCUGGCGGGCGCGGUGCAGCGGCUGGAGGGCGCGCUGUGGGGGCUGCACGCGCAGGCGGCGCAGACGGAGCAGGCGGUGGCCCUGCUGCGGGACCGCACGGGCCAGCAGAGCGACGCGGCGCAGCUGGAGCUGUACCAGCUGCAGGUGGAGAGCAACGGCAGCCAGCUGCUGCUGCGGCGCCACGCGGGCCUGCUGGACGGGCUGGCGCGCAGGGUGGGCGCGCUGGGCGAGGAGCUGGCCGAUGUGGGCGGCGCGCUGCGCGGCCUCAACCACAGCCUGUCCUACGACGUGGCCCUGCACCACACGCGGCUGCGGGACCUGCAGGUGCUGGUGAGCAACGCCAGCGAGGACACGCGCCGCAUGCGGCUGGCGCACCUGGGCAUGGAGCUGCAGCUCAAGCAGGAGCUGGCCGUGCUCAACGCCGUCACCGAGGACCUGCGCCUCAAGGACUGGGAGCACUCCAUCGCGCUGAGGAACAUCUCCCUCGCCAAAGGGCCACCGGGACCCAAAGGUGAUCAGGGGAAUGAAGGAAAGGAAGGCCAGCCUGGCAUCCCUGGAUUGCCUGGACUUCGAGGUCUGCCAGGGGAGAGAGGUACCCCAGGGCUGCCUGGCCCCAAGGGUGACGAAGGGAAGCUGGGGGCCACAGGACCAAUGGGCAUACGCGGGUUCAAAGGGGACCGAGGCCCAAAAGGAGAAAAAGGAGAGAAGGGAGACAGAGCCGGGGAUGCCAGUGUCGUGGAGGCCCCGAUGCUGAUCCGCCUGGUGAACGGCUCGGGCCCGCACGAGGGCCGCGUGGAGGUGUACCACGACCGGCGCUGGGGCACCGUGUGCGACGACGGCUGGGACAAGAAGGACGGGGACGUGGUGUGCCGCAUGCUGGGCUUCCGCGGCGUGGAGGAGGUGUACCGGACCGCCCGCUUCGGGCAAGGCACAGGCAGGAUUUGGAUGGACGACGUCGCCUGCAAGGGCACGGAGGACACCAUCUUCCGCUGCAGCUUCUCCAAAUGGGGGGUGACAAACUGUGGUCAUGCCGAGGAUGCCGGGGUGACGUGCAAUAGAUACUGAAAACGGGCUCAGCCUGGGGCUGGGGCCCUGCGCCAAGCCUCCUUCCCCUGUCCCUGGGGUGGGGACAUGGCUCAGGGCCACCUGAGGACCACCCUGCCCUGCCCAGUCUAGCACCCCCUGCCCCCAGCCCCCUUUCCCAGGGCCGUGGGGGCCUGUCGACAUUCUCCUCUUGGACAACUGCUCCAAAGUGUGACUCUGGGAUCUACUGACCGUCCCUCCCUCCCACCAGGGUCCCUGCAUGGGGAGCCCGGGUCAGCUGGCUCGCGACUUUGCCCAGCCUUCCGAACUCGUGCAUCGGGCCCCAGUAGCCGUGCUCCCCUGGGUCUGUUAGCUGCAGAUGGAUGCUGAGAAUGCGUCAGAGACAAGUGCCUCCGUGGAGAUGGGAGAUAGUAUGGAUCAUUCACUCUUCAGAUAAUUCCCAAACCUCAGUUAGGCCAAGAGUUUAUCUUCCUCUCCAGCAAGAGGCAACACCGAAUGACGUGUUUCCUCCUCUUCUCUCUGCCUCUGCACACCCUGUGUCAGUCUGGGGACGUCACACACGGCGACGCCAGCUGUAGGAGCGAGAGGGACAUGCAAGUCCCCCCCAGGAAUCCAGCUAGAUUUGGAGAUGGGGAAUGAAACUAACAUUGAACGACUACCGUGGUGUGCCAAACGCUAUCUUGGGUGCUAAAUUCAUUUAUCCACUUUGCUGUGUUGGUCCAAGGCAUGUCAGUCCGGGGAAGACCUUACCUCCAGGCAGCACUUAACUGGCCCUUCCCCUGGCCCACAGGUCAGAAGACAGAAUGACGGAGUGUGUGUUCCCAGCUGAACUUUAACGUGUCUUUCCUAGCCCUGAGCAAGAAGCUUGGGCGCAAGACGUGUGACUGUAAAGUUGCGCGCUCUGGAACCCACAGUGCGUGAGCACAAGAUCGGAUGUGACUGGCGUCCAGGCCGAGCAUCUGUGUAGGGGGAUGGUUUGGAGGGUGACGUGGGAGCCGCCCGUGUUAACCGAGCCUGAUGCUCCGUGCUCAGGCAGUCAGGAUAGAGCCAGGUCAGAGCCGUUUGGAGGUGAGGAUAUUGUACCUCCCAAGCCUCUUCCGGUGUGAGUCUGUGGUCAGGAAAACACACGCCCUGGUGCAUCCUACAGGGGUGAGAGGAAGUGAGGAUCCCUGUAACCUCCAGGAAGGGUGAGGGGCCUCGGGCCCCUACGGAUUCAUUGUCAGCCCUCCCCUCCUAGUGACAGGGAGAUCAUAGCCUGAUUUGUAAACACAGAAGAGGUUGAACUGGGUUCUUGUUCUAGAACUAGGGAUGCUACACAGUUGCACGUGAGGACAGACCCACCUCGCCGUGGGGGAAUCGCAGACUCACAGGCUCGGACGCACGAUCACCUGUCAAGUCAGGUGGGCGCCGGCCUGCCCGGGCAGAGUGGGGCCUGGGCCCUCCUGGUGCAGGACAGCAAAGUUCCCGGCUGACGGCUAAGCCAGUACGUGCCCUCGGUCGUUCAUUCUCGCUUACAAUGCGCUUGCUACUCAUUAAUGUCCCAACGACGAGAACCUUCCCUUCUGAGCGACUGCUAUGUUUACAUAACACGCAUGUACUCAUGCAUCUUUUUCCAGAGCCAAUAUACGUACUCAUAUAUAAACAUAGCACUCUUUACUACGUAGCUCAACACAUUGCAAAGUUUGCAUUAGGAAAUACUACAGGUGGAAAGAUGUCGCAUUGAACAGAAUAAAUUCCCAGCUUGGUUCCGGCGAGGAGUCCAAUUACUCCACCGAUGAAGAGCCGGGUAACUCUCUGGGCUUUUCAUUCGGGAAAACGGGAGUCUCGUUCUACAUUAAAUGAAAACAAUGUUGAAAGGCGUUUGAACGUUAAAAGUGAAAGUCUACUCGUUUACAUACCCACGUAGGCAGCCAUGGAGAUGACCAUGGAUCUGUGUUUCAGGGACUAAAGGAAAUUGGGCCUGGCCCAAAAUGCAUUAGACCAGCCUUUUUUGUACGAAAGAAUUUCAAUAAAGCCAAAAAACA